AUGGCUCCUCCGACCCAUUGUGAUGUCCUCGUCGCAGGAAGUGGCAAUGCUGGCUUCUCAGCUGCAGUGGCGGCGAAGCAGGCUGGGGCAAAGCAUGUUGUUCUCAUCGACAAGUGCCCGGAAGAAUGGGCAGGAGGAAACACAUAUUUCACGGCCGGCGCGUAUCGGACAGUUCACGCUGGGACUGCCGAUCUACUACCUUUGGUCAACAACGUGGACGAGGAGACGGCGAAGAAGAUCGACUUGGAGCCUUAUACGGUCGAGGGCUUCUCAAACGACAUGAAAAGAAUAUGCAGUGGCCGGUCUGAUCCGCGACUAGCUAAGAUUCUCAUCGACGAUUCCAAUGCAACGGUCAAAUGGCUGAAGAGCAACGGCAUCCGGUUCCAGCUGUCGUUCAACAGGCAAGCAUAUGAAGUCGACGGUCGUCUGAAGUUUUGGGGCGGGCUGUCCUUGAAGACACAGGAUGGAGGAAAGGGUCUGAUUGAAGACCACAAGGCCGCGGCUCGGAAGCACGGUGUCGAAGUGCUCUACUCUACCGCGUUGAAACGCUUGGUAACCGACCCUAAGACUGGUGCCGUCACCUCGGUAGUCGUGCAAGCCAAUGGCGAGGAUGCCGUGAUUCAUACAGGGGCAGUCAUUUUGGCAGCCGGGGGUUUCGAGAGCAAUCCUCGUUUGCGAUCACAAUAUCUAGGUCCGGGCUGGGACCUCGCGAAAGUGAGAGGCACCCCUCACAACACUGGCGAAUGCCUCGAGACGGCAGUGCGCGACGUCUCAGCGAGUCAGGCUGGGAAUUGGUCAGGAUGUCAUUCCGUGGCCUGGGACGCCAACGCCCCGAGCGACACGGGAGAUCGAGAAGCGUCCAACGAGUUCACAAAGUCCGGAUAUCCCUUGGGCUUGAUGUUCAAUAUCCUCGGCGAGCGGUUUGUCGACGAAGGUAUCGACCUACGCAAUUACACGUACGCCAAGUUCGGACGAGCCAUCCUCGCUCAACCGAGCCACAUCGCCUUCCAGGUCUGGGACUCCCGCACCAUCUCAUGGCUACGAUCCGAAGAGUAUCGGCCAGAAAGAGUCGAGAGGAUCGAGGCGGACUCGAUCGAGGAGCUUGCCGAGAAGCUGGCGCCGCUGGGCCUGGAGAACCGCGAUGCCUUUGUGCGGAACGUCAAAGAAUACAACGAGGCCGUCUACGCUUUCCAGAAGGAGAACCCGGACAAGAAGUGGGAUCCCGCCGUCCGGGACGGCAUGUCGACGCAGUCCAGCACGAAGCGGCUCCCUCUGGGCAAAACGAACUGGGCUUUGCCGGUUGACAAGGCGCCCUUUUUAGCCGUUGCCGUGACCUGCGGCAUCACGUUCACGUUCGGCGGGUUGAAAGUGAUUCCCGAGACUGCGCAGGUUGUCUCAUCGACCACUGGCAAGGGAGUGCCUGGGUUGUAUGCGGUUGGGGAGAUGCUGGGUGGACUGUUCUACGAGAAUUACCCGGGCGGCAGUGGAUUGACGUCUGGGGCGGUCUUUGGAAGGAGAGCAGGCACCGCUGCUGCAAAGGUGGUGGGCGCCAGCUGA